AUGUGUGUGUAUGUGUACCAGGAAAACAUUGUCCGGUCGGACACAGUCAACACAUUUGGAGCAGCCCUCGAUAUCGGCGCACUGUUCUCGGGCCGGCGAUAUUACUGCGAGGGGAUUCCCCCGCCCCCAAAGAGUGAGCACGUAUCGAAACUCGUCUCGUGCCUUGGCACACUUAGGCCCGAGGCCUGGGUACGCCCCAUCCCGCCGGAGGGCAGGGGGGGCGGAGCGCCCGCCAAAGAGAUUUGCACGACUCCUGAUAGACAGCAACCUGAAUUGGAGUUAAGUGAUCGGGUCGUUCGUGUCCGUACCGACAGCGACAACGGCGGGGCGACAGAAGCCCUCUCGAAUGCGAAACCUAAUAUCGUGAAAUAUUGCGACCAGUGUUUUUGCAAUGACUGCGCUAUCGAAGAUUGGAGAGACAGCGGCUUCGGUGACCGA